AUGCCUGAAGGUGCGAGUAGAAAGGAGAAAUUGGCGGCUGUGAAAUCAGCGCUGAACAGUCCAGGUGAGGGAAAUUAGGUGAAAAUACCCUUAAGGAACCUUAAACCACCCUAAACACCCUAAACCUAACCUUAAACCACUUUAAUUAAUCUUAAAUGACUUUAAUUUAACCCUAAAGUUAUCAAAACUUACCUUAAGUUGCCCUAAACCUUAAAAACCCUAAAAUUGCAGUGUUCGACGGUGUCAACUAUCUAUUCACAUUGACUAUUCCGAUUUUGCUAAUCGCAAUCGGAUUUUGGAAAAAAGAUGGAUGUCCGGCUGAACCGAUGAUUCCAACUUGGUUGAUUGUUGCUGGAUUUGCAUUGAUUAUUGAAAGAGUUUCGAGCACUAUUGUGACUAAGCAGGUGAGGUUUUUGAAAUGAAAUUAAAUUGGAACUGUUAGCCACGUCAUAGCUCUAUAAUUUUUCCAGCGAAAAUCGGUCGAUGAAAAAUACCCGGCAACCGAAAAUGAAACCGACAUCGAGAUAGAGGAACGCGAAAAAUUGCGCAAGAAAAAUUAUCCGUUUUUGUUGACCUUUGUGUAUCUGGCUUGCAGAGCUUUUCAGAUUGUUUGGUAAGUUUUUUUUAGGGGGAAAGGGUAUAAAAAGCAAGUGCGCUCUAUUGAGAGAUAUUCGGGAAUUUUCAAAUUCAAAAAGUGCGAAAAUAUGUCCCUUUAAAUUACCGUAGUAUAUUAGGAGCCUACAGUACUUUAAAGGGACAUACACUCGCUUUGCUCGAACCGCUUGCGCGGAAUUUUGAUCUACACUCGCGCCAUAGGCGCUCGGGAUACUGUAGAUCACUCAAAGGAGCAUACAGUAUCCCGAGCGCCUAUGGCGCGAGUGUAGAUCAAAAUUCCGCGCAAGCGGCUCGAGCGAAGCGAGUAUGUUCUUUUAAAAAGUAUGUUCCUUUAAAGUAUGUUCCUUUAAAAUACCGUAGUUUCUAGGAAGCCUACAGUAUUUUAAAGGGAGAAACAUAUGUUCCUUUAAAAUACCGUAGUAUAUUAAGAGCCAACAGUAUUUCAAAGGGACAUACACUCGCUUCGCUCGAACCGCGGAAUUUUGAUCUACACUUGCGCCAGAGGCGCUCAGGAUACUGUAGAUCACUCAAAGGAGCAUACAGUAUCCCGAGCGCCGAGUGUAGAUCAAAAUUCCGCGCAAGCGGCUCGAGCGAAGCGAGUAUGUUCUUUUAAAAAGUAUGUUCCUUUAAAGUAUGUUCCUUUAAAGUACCGUAGUUUCUAGGGAGCCUACGGUAUUUUAAAGCGACAAACAUAUGUUCCUUUAAAUUACCGUAGUAUAUUAAGAGCCUACAGUACUUUAAAGGGACAUACACUCGCUUCGCUCGAGCCGCUUGCGCGGAAUUUUGAUCUACACUCGCGCCAUAGGCGCUCGGGAUACUGUACAUCACUCAAAGGAGCAUACAGUAUCCCGAGCACCUGUGGCGCAAGUGUAGAUCAAAAUUCCGCGCAAGCGGUUCGCGGUUCCUACAGUAUUUUAAAGGAACAUAAACUCGCGCCAGAGGCGCUCGGGAUACUGUAUGCUCCUUUGAGUGAUGUACAGUAUCCCGAGCGCCUGUGGCGCGAGUGUAGAUCAAAAUUCCGCGCAAGCGGCUCGAGCGAAGCGAGUGUAUGUCCCUUUAAAAUACUGUAGUUUCUAGGGAGCCGAAUUUUGUAACCUAGCGCUAAUAAUUCUCAAUAGAGCGCACUUGAUUUCCCCAACACAAUUUCAUUUCCAGGUUUUUCCUCGGUGUCUACUGGGUCAUCAAAUCCUUCGACUCAUCUGAGCAAUGUCAUUGGGCUCCAUAUUAUCUCACAAUUCUAUUCACCCUAGUCUCAUUGUGUUUUGGCUUGUUCUGCGCAUGCUGUGGAGUUUGUCUAUGUUGCGGAAUUAUGGCGAUCCCUGGACUUGUGAAAUUGGGAGAUGAUAAUGAGAAGAGAAAUGAGGAAGGAGUUGAAGCAAGUGCUGUCUAA